AUGGAUUGGAGGAAGGGUCAGAAAGAGGACUUGAAGGUGAACCCACCGUGCCAUCCUCGUGCUUUUGAGCUUACAGAUUGCUUAACCAAGAACGGCUAUAAGGAGGAGAAGUGCCAAUCAGUGAUUUUGUCCUUGUACGAGUGUUGUGAGGCUUUCUACCGGUCAAAUGGGGAGAGCGCUGUGUCGGCCAGCUGUCCCAAGCCAGAUCUACUUCGACUAAAACUUAUGAGGUUACGCGAGGAAUCGUGCGAACCCGCGUCGACCAAUUAA